AUGAGUACAUAUCAGGGUUAUCCAUUUCAAUUCUCGGAACAAUUCCAGCCCAUUGGGAUCCCACAGGGCCGUUUCCAGAGUACUCUUCCGGUCCGUGUCUCAAAAUUCGCGGAUCAAAUCCAAAACGAGGCAGAGAAGGUACAGGAAAAAUUGGCAGAGAGACUUGGGACAAAUUCCAAGAGCCUCGCUCGGAGUGGUACAACUACUUCCCACGGGAAUAUUAUCUCGUGGAUAUUUCCAGAAUGUCCGCCAUCCUGGAUUACGUUUUUGGCAGAAGUGGCAGAGCUCACGCUUUACUUCGAUGAUGUCACAGAUACACUUGACAAGGCAUCACAUGACGAGAUCCUUUCGAACGCAUUAGCCAGUGUUCCUACUGGCGAACCUGGAACAUCUGACUCCAGCAUAAUGGCGACAUUCAGCCACUUCUUGGAUAUACCGGACCGGAUCACGUUCUUGUCAGAACUCGAAGAUGUGUUCCUAGCACAAACUGCUCAUGUUGGAAAAUCCAUGUCCUUUGAAGAGUUUCAAACUUUCAAGAUCAGGCAUUCUGGAUCCAGGCUAUUUGCAAACCUGAUAGCACGUUUUAAUGGUCAGCAGGUCUCUCAGCAGGAGAGAGACUCCAUCGCUUAUUUUACCGACAAGCUCAUGCUUAGUACCUCCUUGAUGAAUGACCUUAAUAGUUUCCACAAAGAGUUUGAGGAACACAGCGCAAGGGGGAAUAUAGAGACGAUUGGCAACGUGAUGGCGUUGCUUAUGUCCGGUUAUGGCUACGAAGAGGGGGAGGCUGCGAGUAUCGUUAAGCAAGAGAUCCUGACCCUUGAAAAGCAGGGGCUGGAGGAAUUUCACGCUUGGCAUAGCUCCAACCUGGCAAAAUCGCCAAAUCUAGUGGGGUACGCCUUUACAGUUCUGACAUAUCUUGGAGGACUGAACUAUUGGAUGUCGCAUUCGGAACGGUAUUUUCGGACAGAUUUGAGAACAACAGCCAAAGACCGUGCGACUCUUGUCAGAAACUCAGCUUCCAGUGUCCGACGUCUCAAAAACUACCCUGUCCCGCAGGCGAUUAAUGGCCCCGAUACAUCAAUAUUAGGGAUAUGUUCCAUCUUCUCAGACUGUCCUUCUAAUACUAAUAAUUUCGAAAGAAACGGCCAAGAAGCGGCUUCCGAAGCCUUGGUUAAUAGAGGUGGGUGCACAGGUAUGGAUUUGUGUGUGGCCCCCUACGACUACAUCAGAUCUCUCCCUGGUAAAGGAACUAUGGCCAGAAUGGUUGACGCGAUGCAUGCCUGGUUCUGCGUCCCGACCGAGUCUUCUGAGACCAUCAAAGCCUUAAUAGUAAUGAUCUUCAACAGUUCGCUUAUGCUGGAUGAUAUUCAGGAUGACUCCCUAAAACGACGCGGAAUGCCAGCUGCACAUGUCGUGCACGGUGUAGGCCAGACAGUCAAUUCUGUCUCGUACAUGGGACUUAAAGUGCUUCGACUAUGUGAGGACCUGAGGCACUCAAGUGCAUGCAGGAAGGUCUUGUAUGACGAAUUGGAAGCCUUGUUUUCGGGUCAGGCUCUUGAGCUGUACUGGAAAUUUCACAAGCAAUGCCCGACAAUGAGCGACUAUCUUGUAAUGAUUGACAAGAAGACCGGUGGCUUUUUCCGGGUUGUUAUGCGGGUCAUGGCUGCAGAGGCUUCCUCACCAAUCCCUUGGGACAGCGAUUUGGUUCGUUUCAUAUCCCUCCUGGGGAGAUACUACCAAAUUCGAGAUGAUUAUCAGAAUUUGGUAUCUGAGGAGUAUGCGGCUAAAAAAGGCUUCUGUGAGGAUCUUUCAGAGGGCAAGUUCUCAGUUGUUCUGAUACACACUCUGCAGAAUAGCCUUACUGCAGACAGAGUCCGCGGGCUGGUAUUUGGUGGGGCCAGGAUUGGCAUGUCUGAUGAAAUACGAUCAUAUAUACUCUCCGAGAUGAAUGCUGCGGGAAGUCUAGAGUACACAAGAUGUAUUCUCGCAGACCUCCACCAAAGACUUUUGAGAAUGCUGGAUGACAUUGAGGCCACAAUGGGGGAGAAUAAGCCUUUGAGGAACUUAAUUCUGUUCUUAAAGGUUUAA